AUGGAUUCCUCAACGGUGCCGAGGACGUAUCCCCGUCACUAUGUUUCUAAGUUGGUGCCGAGCUCUGCGGCUAGCAUCACGAUUCUCCUCAUCGCAGCAUCUGUUGUGGACUCGGUCCUCCUUGGUUACGAUAGCUCCCUCAUGGGUAGCUUAAACGUCAUGCCGACGUAUUUGGGUUACUUUACCCUCACGACGGCCACAAAGUCGCUGAACACAGCCAUCUCGUAUGUCGGUGGAGCUUGCGCCGCAGUCCCAGCCGGUUUCGUCACCGAUUGGCGUGGACGCCGCGAGACUAUCUAUUGGAGCUGCCCCAUCACGUUGAUCGGCGCCGGCAUCCAGAGCGCGGCGCAAAAUAUUGGCAUGUUCAUCGCCGGCCGCUUUAUUCUCGGAUUUGGCAUGGCUUUUGCCACGACCGCGGCGCCGACCUACGUCUCCGAAACGGUACCGCAAAAGUGGCGGGGGCUUGCCCUGGGCUUGUAUUAUUCGUGCUGGUGUGUGGGCACUCUGAUCGCAUCUGGAGUGUGUUAUCGUAGCCAAUACAUCCCAUCAACCUGGGCCUGGCGACUUCCCAGCGUUCUUAUGGUCAUCUGGUCGAUCCUUUGCGCGGUGGUCCUGCUUUUCGUUCCCGAGUCACCUCGCUGGCUCAUUGCGAAAGAUCGAGGCGAUGAGGCGCUUGAAGUUCUAGCUCUUGUUAAUGCCAAUGGCGACAAGUCGGACCCGGCUGUUCUGCUUCAGUACCGCGAGAUCAGCGACACUAUCGCCUGGGAGAAGGGCGAGGGCCGGCAGCUCACGCUUCGUGAGGCGUGCACCAAUCCUGGAAAUCGGAAACGGCUUAUUAUCACCGUGGCAUUCUCCGCUAUGAACAUGUUUUCCGGUAAUAACGUUAUUGCGUACUACUUCGGCACGAUGCUGGCGCAGGCUGGCAUCACGUCCGCGACCACGCAGCUCGAGAUCAACGUCAUCUUGAACGCCUUUGCGCUGACCAUCGCUGUCCUUGGGUCGAUCUUCGUUGACAAGGUCUCACGCAAGGGGCUCUGCGUGUGGUCUCUAGUAGGCCAAAUCGUCGCAUUCUAUAUUUUUGCUGGCCUCUCGGCGAAAUACGGCAAUUCGACGGAUAAGUCGGGCAUCUACGCGACCAUCGCCAUGUUAUUCAUAUUCAUCGGGGCGUAUGCUUAUGGGAUGACACCUUUAACAGUUCUGUGGCCGCCUGAGGUGCUGUCGUACCGGCUCCGUGCCACCGGCAUGGGACUUUAUACCCUCACAUCCCGACUCGGCGGCCUGUUCAUCACCAUGGUCUUUCCUUUCGGCCUGGGCGCCAUCGGGUGGAAGAUGUGGGUCAUUAACGCCUCGGUCGACAUCCUGAUGGUCAUCUUUGUGAUCUACUACUUCGUCGAGACCGGCGGCCUCACGCUCGAGGAGGUCGACUCGCGGUUCGAUGGCGAGAAGCACUCGUCUGUGCCAGAUCUGCACGACCUACAGAAAGUGUUGGAGGAGGAGUCUGGGAAGGCGAUAUGGUUGACGGAGGGCGUCCCGGUACCUGUUGAGGAAAGUGUUGCUGUGAACACGGUCGACGGAAAGGGCAAGGUCGCGUGAAGCGCCCCAGGAGAUAUAGAGAUAGGGACAGCCUUGAAGCUUUUUCUGAGAUCUUUCGGGUACAGGCAAGGUGCAUUUCCGCUUUGACUUUUGGGGAGAAUUUGCCGUGGACGAGGUAUUGGGAAAUGAUUGUAUGUUCGAUGCUUGCCCUUGGAAUUAUUGCUUAUUCCUGC